CAAAGUUGUUCUACAAGUGUCCUUCUAUAUGCACUCCACAGAUGAUGCUGAUUAGCCAGAGAGGAUUCGCUCAUGUCUCAAGAGCUGUUCCUACAAAUAGGCAUAGCUACAUUGAGAAAAUUAAGAAUAAGAAGAGAAGAAAAUAUGGUAGCGUUAAGAGAUUUUAUGACUUCCAUGAAGCCAGAGAUCCAGGACUUCCUGGAGGAAUCAAAAGAGGUGGCUUCUUGGACACUCACUUCACUGGAAUUGAAAAUAAGACAUUGUUGAAGAAUACUGCUUCCAUUGGUGAGCUCCAAAAAGCAAGAUUUGAAGCCUUCAAGCAUAGAUUUGGGAAUGGAAUUUAUGAUACAGGAAGUGCUGCCAUGCAAGCAGCUGUAUUCUGUGAGAAAACUAUUAGUUGCAUUAGGCAUGUUCAAGGAAACAACAACGAUUCUUACGCUGUUCAGAGAUUAGCUCAUCUUCUUCUCAAACGUCGUAAGGCUCUUGAAUACCUCAAGAAGAAAGACUUCUCAAAAUAUUCAGAAAUCGUUCAUUACUACAGAGUCAAGGAUGUUGUAAAGGGAAUGCACAAGGGACACUUCCAUCCUUUCUGCGCCAAUAAGGGAUAGUCACGAUGUUAUCACAGGUUAUCAUUAAUAGAGCGCUUCA